AUGGGUCUACCAGGCGGAUGGAAGGAUCUGUGGCUGUCUGUGCCUGGUAACACAGAGGAGAAUGGGUACACUUUCGAUGGCACACGCAACUCGUUGGUCACGAGUCGAUCAUUUCGCAGCCGACUGGAUCGCAUGUACUUAUACUCUGCGCCAAGCGACGAAGCAGCGACGUGUGUGUUCAACGAAAUUGUGAUUGUUGGUCAGCAGAAGAUCGCUGAUGGUCUCUGGCCGUCUGAUCACUUUGGGCUGCUUAGCACGUUCACAAUUCAAGAAGAAGAAAAGAACGAUGUAACUGGAAACAGUGGAAAGAAGAAGGCACGUCGAAUGGAACCAGGAUCGGAUACUGGAUCGCAACAAACUCCAAUUACAAUUGAUUAA